ACUUUUUUACAUAUAGUGAAAGGAAAAGGUGACAAAAAAUUACAAAAAGCAUCAUAAAAGUAGCGCAUACUACUUAUGCACUAAAUUUCAAAUCAAUCAAAUUCAUAUAACUGCUUUGUGUGAGGAAUAUGAUUUUCCAGAUUUAAAACUUUUAUGAUGCUUCUAUGGGGCCUUUUGUCAUUUUUGGAGCUUGUUCAUUUUUAUUAUAUUGGAGACAUGGUGGUGAGACAGAAUUUUCAUUUUGGGAUGAAAUAUCCAUAAUUUCACUAUAAGGAGGUUGUCUUCUAGUAAAAUAAAGCAUGAUUUUUUUCAGAGACGAUUGUAGUUAAAGUGAUGCAUUGAGCAUAUUAAUGAAUUAUAAUGAUAAAAACAAAAAGCACUCAGUAGAGGUUCCUAUAUUACAUCAAAUUGUGAAAUAUCUUUCAUUCAUUGUUGAAUUGAAAAAAAUCACUCACACACAUGAACUUGGCUCUCAUGUAUGUGUAUUGAUUUGAUGGGCUAGGCAAAGUCCUGUCCCCCAGGAGACAAACUGAUCGAGAUCAGACUUUGCCCUGCACAACUCAUAACAGGAAGCAGAGUGGUGCCACACUAAAAGGUUUGUUAAGAGACGCAGUAUGAACACAGAGCAAUCUCCCCCUCCGUACAAUCCCUAUUACCCUCCGCAAUAUCCUAAUGCAACGCAGGGCAAUGCUGGGCAGCCCACCGCUGGCGUGAUGCCCCCCGUUGUUGUACAUGUCGAUAUGGGGAUUCCAGACAGCGCUCCCCCAGAGUACACCCAGGGCUUUGAGAACGAGAACUGCUUUUCAGAUGCAGUCAUAAGAAGAGGUUUCAUUAGAAAAGUGUACUUGACACUUAUGGUUCAACUACUAAUAACUGUUGGAAUCAUCUGUGCUUUUCUUUUUUGGGAGACACUCAGUGACUGGGUGAAAGACACUAUCUGGUUUACCUACACUAUGAUGGGUGUAACAAUUGUUCUAACCAUUGUGCUCAUCUGUUGUGGUGACAUACGUCGGAAAGUUCCCUUAAACUUCAUCUUCCUAGGGCUGUUUACAAUUACAGAGGGCCUUCUCCUUGGAUCAGUGGUAGUGUACUAUUCAGCAGAGGCAGUGCUCUGGGCAGUGGGUGCAACUGCUUUGGUGUCUCUCGCAAUGAGUUUGUUUUCAUUGCAGUCUAAAUGGGAUUUCACAGCUGCUUCAGGAAGCAUAUGGGCAAUGGGCUGGACGCUGUUUUCAUUCGCAUUGCUUUGUGCAAUUCUGAGAUCGCAGUAUUUGUACAUCUUUUAUGCAUCGUUGGGAACUUUGAUCUUCUCUGUGUAUCUGGUGAUGGACACGCAGCUCAUACUGGGAGGAAAGCACAAAUACAGCAUCAAUCCAGAAGAGUACAUCUUUGCUGCUCUGAACUUGUACCUCGAUAUUAUCGCAAUUUUCUUAUUAUUGCUUCAAUUAAUUGGACUUUGUCGUUGAUGUGGUUUAUAACGUUAUGAUUUCUGUCCCACUCAUCACUUGUCUCACAUAGGCUCUGGGUUUUGAGACACAAUAUUACCCUCAUUUUUUCAAAACAUGACUCCAUUGUGUCUGUACCAUAUUAUAAAUUAAAUAUUGCAUCUAAAUCAGAAAAAUAGCUAACAUUUAAAAAAAUAAAAUAGCUACUGAAUUAAGUAAAAUAGCUAAUUAAAUAGUUCUGAGUAUAAAGGUAAAUGAAGGGCAAUGUGAUUAAUAUGCAGUAGGCUCAGGGUUUUGAGACAUAUUUUUACCCCCACUGUUUUAUAAGCAUGACUCCAUCGUGUCUGUAACGUGUUGUAAUAAAUGUUUACUGUCAUGUCUCUGUACUUUAAGUUAAAUUCAUUAAAGUUUCUACUGUUA